AUUUUAGCGACUAAAGACUUUUAUAAGUGUCCUCCGUACUCGUGCUUCUUCUAUUACUAUCCCUUAUAAAAAUCUAUACACUAUACUCCGUAGACCACUUGUUUAUUAUAUUCGUACCAAGUCGUACUACUUAACUAUGUCUUCGCUAGGCUUCCUUGGCCUCUUGUAUCUACCAUACCCAGAUUAUCGUACUGGCUUCUGGGGUGGACAAACAUCGACGCUCAAUUUCUGUGAGGAGGAUUAUGCGCUGUCAUUCUAUUGCGCCGAGGUCGUCAAUGCAUCGACGAAUGCAUUGUUCAUGUGGUUGGGGUUCAAGGGCAUUCGUAAUUGCUUGAAAGAGUCCCAUGAUGGUGUCUUCUUGCUGGCUUACGUUGGCUACAUUCUGGUCGGCCUGGGAUCUAUAUCUUUUCAUGCCACCCUGAAGUAUCCCAUGCAGCUCGUGGACGAGUUGUCUAUGAUAUACACCACGUGCCUCAUGAUGCACGCAAGUUUCGCCUACUUACAGUCGACUUACUUCUCGACCAUGUUGGGACUCGCACUACUGUGCUUAUCGGGCACCAUUACAUUGCACUAUCACACAACCAAAGACCCGUUAUUUCACCAGGUCGCGUAUGCUGCGCUGACCGCGACUGUGGUCUUCCGAAGCAUAUGGGUAAUGGAAACUCAGCUGCGACCUGCACUGGCGACUCGCAACAGUGAUCGCGCACGGCAUAUACUGCAGACCAUGUGGACAAUGGUGGCCACAGGUCUACUCGUGUUUGUAGGCGGUUUCCUGAUCUGGAACCUGGACAAUGUGUUCUGUGGUGAGAUCCGCCGCCUCAGACGGGCAGUUGGGCUCCCCUGGGCUAUCUUGCUCGAGGGCCACGGCUGGUGGCAUCUGAUGACCGGCGUAGGAGCUUAUUAUUACAUCACCUGGGGCAUAUGGCUGCGGCAUUGUCUAGCCGGUCGUGAGCUCCAAUAUGUGCUGCACUGGCCUCAUAUCCUGACUUCAAUGCCCGAAGUUCGCCGGCAUAGAGAGUCGACAGACGAUGCGCCCGUUGCCGGAACAAGGAAGAGUAGGGAGUAAAGUAAAGGCAAAAUGAUCGAGGGUCGCCGUGUUUGUAUGUUAUAUCGCGUGGUACCGUAGCUAUCCUGUGGUAGUGGUUUUUGGCAACAUCUCAUGUGAAAUGUGAGCCCACACGUGUAAUAAGCGAUCAGCGGGAGUUUCUAGUUGUUGCGGGUGCAGACGCGGAUUGAAUACAAGCAGAAUUGUUUAAAAUGUAUCAGGCGGUAACACGGACCGGAGAGCAAAGCGUGCCAAGUCGCGUUUCUUUUCUGUCACCCACACAUGUACACCGUCUACCGCAGCGUUCGGUGGUGGCUGACCGUUACCGUGUCACCUAGGCUCCGUUUCGUCUCCGUUUUCACUUCUGGUGCUGCACCGCGAGUCCGCAUCUCGGCCCCGUUUGAUGAAUGAGAGUUCCCUCGCCGGUCGCCGACCCUUUACUGUCAUG